UGACUGCCUAGAUGCAUAACUAUUAUUAUUAUCUUCCAACAACUCCCAACUUCUUCAUUCAACUCUAUCUGAUAAAGUAUUGCCUCCAUUCAGAUACUCAGAAUCACAUCUAUCUAUAGAUUCUCAUGCCACAACCCAGACGCACAACCUAGAUACCAUGCUGCGGAACAUAAAGCAGAGAUACGCCACCGUCACAGGCUCCGAGUCCGCCGCGCGGGACGGCGGCGGCGGUGGUGGUGGUAGUGGUCAAGACCUGGUGUCUAUCCUUGAUCGGUCGCAGCGGGCUGAUUUGAUUGUUCUUAUUACUCUUAUUAUAGAGUCGAUGAGGGGGGUUAUUGUUGAUAAUUUUCGGUUGGGGGUUUCCGAGUUGCAGGAGCGUGUUGAUGAAGUGUGUCAACAUCAAUAUCGACACCAAGAGAAAGAGGAUGAAGAAGAUGAAGACGGAAAUCUAAGGCAAACGGAGCAUUCUGAUGAUGUGCUAGUUCCGCAGCAUUCAGAAGAGUCGGUUCCAGAUUCCGCUAUUAAGGGAGAUGGUAGUUCUACUACUACUGCCUCUAGCACUUCUGCUGUUAACACACCCCAUCCUACGGCAGCUCUUCUACGAGCAGAGGCGGAUACCCUCACCCAUUUCGCGGAUUGGACGGAAUCCGUCCUUCUCCGGAUCGGUAAUGUCGUGAACAGCGACGCUGAUGAGCACAAAAUGCAGCAAAAGCCAUCUCAGACUGAUGUCGGUUCAGAGGAAACGUUAACAACAACAUCAUUGAAGAAAGAUGAAGAGACCCCUGCUGCUCUCCAUCACAUCUACCCUCCCGUGGAGACACCGCUUCUUCAGCUUCCCCGAGCGAAAAGAUUGCUUAUUCUCCAUUCGCUGCUUCUUCUGCUUUUGAGCCUGGAGCACUAUAAUGCAUACUCGCGCGUAUUUAUGCUGCGUCUGACGUCGAGUUUGGGGCUGAGCUUGAAGGACUUGAACGGUGAUGAGUCUAGAGUCGCUCGAGGCUUACUCGAUGCCGCGGUGGCGCUCUCCGGGCGCGAGCAGCAGCAGACUAAGAAGAGUGAUCCUUCGAGGAAGUGGAAAGUCGGAGUUGCGUCUGUGGCGGGGGCUGCUUUGAUUGGGAUCACGGGGGGACUUGCCGCUCCUCUCGUUGCUGCCGGGCUUGGGACGGUGCUGGGGGGUCUGGGACUCGGUGCAACGGCCGCAGCUGGGUAUCUGGGAGCGCUUGCUGGGAGUAGUGUAAUUGUUGGUGGGCUCUUUGGGGCAUACGGAGGCCGGAUGACCGGUCGGAUGAUGGAUAAAUACGCUCGUGAGGUUGAAGAUUUCGCCUUCGUUCCUAUACGCGGUCGUCGCCAGAGAAUUGAAAACGAGAGAGAAGCUGCUCAGCAGGACCAUCGACUGCGCGUCACGAUUGGCAUCACCGGCUGGGUCACGGAGGAAGAUAACUUUGUCAUCCCAUGGCGGGUUAUUGGGGCUGAUACGGAGGUUUUCGGUCUCCGCUGGGAACUGGAGGUGCUGAUGAAUCUUGGAAAUUCCAUCAGCGCCCUGGUGACCAGUGCAGCGUGGUCAGUUGCCGGGCGAGAGGUACUGUCGCAUACUAUCUUCUCGACACUGAUGAGCGCCGUCAUGCUCCCCCUGGGUCUUUUGAAAGUUGCCCGCGUGGUCGAUAACCCCUUCAGCGUAGCCAAGGCCCGAGCGGACAAGGCUGGACGAGUGCUCGCUGACGUACUGAUCAACAAGGCACAGGGAGAACGCCCAGUGACACUCAUCGGCUACUCAUUGGGUUCUCGCGUCAUCUACUCCUGUCUACAGAGCCUGGCCUCGCAACGAGCAUAUGGGCUAGUGGAAUCCGCUAUUCUAAUGGGCUCCCCGACCCCGUCAGACACAGGUGACUGGCGCAUGAUGCGCAGCGUUGUCAGCGGACGACUGGUCAACGUUUUCUCCGAGAACGACGCGGUCCUUGCAUUCCUGUACCGAACCAGCAGUCUUCAACUUGGCAUCGCGGGUCUCCAGCCAGUCCAGGGCUUAUCUGGGGUAGAGAAUGUAAACGUGAGCGACCUGAUUAGCGGCCACCUACGCUAUCAGUAUCUCAUCGGGAAGAUCCUCACCGUGAUUGGGCUGGAGGAUAUUGAUGUCCGGGAGGCGGCGCGUGAAGAAGCAGCGCUGGCAGCUCGGGAUCAUGAACAAGAGCAGGAACGAAGACAGAAUGAAUGCCAGGCUGGGGUGGAGGGUCAGAAGCCUCCUAAGAGUAUCAAUGCGGAGACUAAUAUCGACAAAGCCAUGGAUGAUGAAGGAGAUAGGCUCCAGAGACAGGUUGAAAGGAAGACACAGGAGCAUCUUAUGUACCGCAAGGUUGAGCAAUGGGAUACGACUAGACAUGACUGAUUGUUAUUACAGAAUGCCUAUAGCUGUUUCUGGAACUCUGUAAAUACACAUUAAUGAUAAAUAUCUCACUUCAUCUACUGGAAAUACAUAUGGGGUAUAAAAC